AUGUCGUCCUCUCCGUCAGGUCCUCCCUACGCACCCAAGAUACCCCAAUCCGGCCUCACGCCCACGGUAUCGGUCGACGUGCCCAUCUGCGCCGUCCUGGUAGCCAUGUUUGUCUGCGGUGCCGUAGCCAACAUGACGAUACUGCAGGUCAACCUCCGCCGCGGCCACAAGUUCAUACCGUCCGGCGCCCUGUUCGGCUUCUGCAUGGCGCGAACGACGGCCUGCAGCCUGCGCAUAGCCUGGGCCGUCCACCCGGACAACGUGCGGCUGCUGAUCGCCUCUUCCAUCCUGGUGAGGGCCGGCGUCCUCCUCCUCUUCAUCCUGAACCUGCUGUUCCUGCAGCGCAUCCUGCGCGCCCUCCACCCCUCGUGGGCCUGGCGCGACAGCCUCCGCUACGCCUUCCGCGCCCUGUACGUCAGCGUCGCCCUCGUCCUCUUCAUGACCAUCGCCUGCGUCGUCUACACCUACUACACCCUCGACGUCGGCAUCCUGGCAAAGCUGCGCAACGUCCUCCGCACCUCGGGCGUCUACCUCCUCUUCGUCUCCUUCAUCCCCAUCCCCGGCAUCCUCAUCGCCCUCGUACUUCCCAGGCGCACCGAGAUCGAGCCCUUCGGCCAGGGGUCCCUCCGCACAAAGAUCGCCCUCGUCCUCUUCACCACCACCCUGCUCACCCUCGGUUCCGCCUUCCGCGCCGCCGACGCCUUUCUACCCUCGGCCCCCGGGAACCCCCACUGGUAUAACGAGAAGCCCGCGUUUUACUGCUUCAACUUCGUCAUCGAGAUCAUCGUCACCUACACCUAUAUCCUAGUCCGCUUCGAUCGUCGAUUCCACAUUCCCAACGGCAGCUCGGGCCCUGGUCACUACUCUGGCGGUAUCAAACCUCCAACGUCCAGUACUGACGAGGUGGAUGAGACCAAGACUUGA